AUGCUCACGUUUUUUCUGACUUUUUCCCACAACUACAGGACCCACUUAACCUCCGAAGCCGCGAACGCCGCCGAGACAAUCGCGGCGCCCCGUACCGCUUCUGGUGGGAGGAGGCGGUGGAACAAUUCCGGAGGACGGACUGGCGAAAGAGGGGAGAGGAGGAAAGUCGGGGGGACGGCGGCGGCGGCGGCUUCGGUCGAGCAGAUGGAGGCCGUCGAGGCAUUGAUGCUGCUUUUCGACCGCCCGCCCGUCCAGCUCGCCCUGCCCGCCCAGCCUGCCCAGGGCGUGGACUUGCCUGCACCGAUGGUACCGGCGUGGCAAGUGCUGGACGCGGCUGCCGUGUCCCAGAAGCUAGGAAGGGACGACGCCCUUGAACAAUUGCGAGACUACGUCCAUUAUUUUUCAACAGGCAGCCCCGUUCGACAGGGGGCGUCUUCGCAGGGAGGGGUUGGCGUGUUCGCCACCCAGCCUUUCGAGGAGCAGGAGGUCGUCAUGACCCUCCGGAGGCGUUGCUCCGCGGUCUCGAAGUGGUUGGCGGCGCGCCGCAACUUGAGCCUGAACGUGAGAGCGAGGAAGGGAACAAAAGGCAUAGUCUAG